GUUCAGCGCUCCACCCGUCUUCACCACGACUACCUUCAUCGGCGUUCAGCGAUCCUCCCCUUCCACCUCCCUGUGGACCAAAGCGAGCCCCCUUAGCACGCGCGGCCCUCCGCCAGCCCAUCACCACCACCACCAGGACGACGGGGAUCGGUUCAUGGCAGACGAGAAAAAGAAGGACUUUACCAUCGAACUCGACGACCGCCAGCCUCCCUCCGCGCACUUCGAAGCCGCGCCGCGACCCAUCGUGCCCACCAUGUCGGCCCCAGCCGUGGUGAACAACCCGCUCUUCUCCAUUCUCGCCUACUGUGGGAGCAGUAUUCUCAUGACAGUGUCGAACAAGUAUUGCGUCAAUGGAACAGGCUGGAAUCUGAGCUUCUUCUUGCUGGCCGUGCAGGCCAUAGUGUGCAUAAUAGCCAUUUCAUCUGGCAAGGCCAUGGGCUUCAUCUCAUAUCGCGGCUUCAACGUCGACGAGGCGCGGAAAUGGUUCCCCGUGUCGCUGCUCCUGAUUGGCAUGAUCUACACCUCCAUCAAGGCCCUGCAGUUCCUCAGCAUUCCCGUCUACACCAUCUUCAAGAACUUGACCAUCAUCCUCAUUGCAUACGGCGAGGUGCUGUGGUUCGGUGGCUCUGUGACGGGAAUGGCUCUGUUAAGCUUCGGCCUCAUGGUGCUGAGCAGUAUCAUUGCCGCGUGGGCGGACAUCUCGCACGCUCUGGCUUCCUACGGCGGCAACGCUGUUACUGGCGAGGCCGCCGAGAAGAUCGCCACUCUCAAUUCUGGCUACAUCUGGAUGGCGCUGAACUGCGUGUGCUCCGCUGGCUACGUCCUAGGCAUGAGGAAGCGCAUCAAGCUUACCAACUUCAAGGAUUUCGACACCAUGUACUACAAUAAUCUGCUCUCCAUUCCCAUCCUGCUCAUUGCUUCGCUCCUUCUCGAAGACUGGUCCGCCGCCAAUCUUGCCAUCAACUUCCCGCCCGGCAGACAGCAACUCAUGAUUGCCGCCAUGAUCUUCACCGGACUCAGCAGCAUCUUCAUCAGCUACACCAGCGCGUGGUGUGUUCGCGUCACUUCCUCGACCACCUACUCCAUGGUCGGUGCCUUGAACAAGCUUCCCAUCGCCAUCUCAGGUUUGGUGUUCUUCAAUGCACCCGUCACCCUAGCCAGCUGCUCCGCCAUCUUUGUCGGAUUCGUGUCGGGACUCGUGUUCGCGCUGUCGAAAGUGUGGUCAAGCAAGAGCAAGGAUAGCGUUCUCCCCACAACAAGCGCGAGUUCGCAGAGCAUGAAAGAUUCACUAAAGUCAUGACUUCUUGGAAAUCCGGAGGGCACGCACAACGAAAUGCUUGAUGAGGAGUUGGGAACAGAACUGGAAGAGGUCGCAGCAGCGAGUAGCAGCAGCAAGAUAUCAGCAUCGGCAUGAUGUGUUCGUUCGGAAAUUCGGUGAGCAGACGUUCACUGAGAGACAGUGAACUAACGCAGGAGUGGCGUUUCGCAUAGAUGAUACUGGGCAGACAGGCAUGGUAUGAAAACCGCCGAGCGUCUGGGUGAGAAAAUAGAAAGGGGCUUCUCAACUAGGAGGUAUGUGUUGCGCAGCCUGAGAUUGAAGCAAAAGCGGCAGCCUUUUUUUCUGCCCGCUGCGCCGGAUGCAGGUAUGUGUUGGGCCUUAUACUGUUACUUAUACUGUCUUCAUUGUGUACUACUUUCUUGAACAUAGCCAUUACCUAGCACGAAAUAUCUGCCGAAAACCGGGCUGGAAACUACCUUAUUCAAAUGGCUGCUGCUUCAUGACCUCGCUAAGGCGGAUGCCGUCGAGCCCGCGAAGGUUCAGGCAUGCACCGGACCACCUGAGGUUUCAACUAACCAGUGGCCGAACAUCUGCCCUUGCUGACUACCUUCCAGGUUAGUUUUAGACUAGAACAGCCAAGCAUAAUAUCAACCGGUAUACACUGCUGUAUGCUGGGAUAUCCUGGCCCCUGGGCAAUCGCAGGCCAGGUCGCCAGGAUAUCGUCGUAAGUUAUGGCUGCCAUGCUGACCCGGGAUCUCUGUCUCGGAACUAGGGUCCGAUUCAGUCACCAGGAACCGAUCGCAUAUAUAAGGUGUAGCUGUACAGUAUGUACUCCUACUCAUCAUACCCUUUAGCCCACUCUCUCUGCGAU